GCAUUCGAUGAUGCCAUUGCAGAGCUUGACCAGCUAAAUGAGGAGUCUUACAAAGACAGCACUCUCAUCAUGCAGCUCCUCAGAGACAACCUGACAUUAUGGACAUCAGACAAUGCUGCUGAGGAGGGCGAUGGUGGAGAAGCAGUAGAGGGCGGCGAGAAUGAGAACUAAAACAAAAAACAAAAAAAAUCAAGCCCUCAAUGUUGGGUCAUCUCCAAAAACAACAAAAGGAAAAAAAAACUUUUUACACACCCUUCAUUCCUUAUUGCUCCACUCAAACAUUCUCCCAAUGAAACUGAUUGCUGAAAAGAGUCGUGUAAGGAAAUGAGAAAAAAAAUAAAAUAAUUAUGCUUUUCACAAUGUAGAUUUGGACAACUAGUGAAAAGAGAAACCCUCCAUUCCUUUUGAUUUGUGUUCGUCCUGGCCUUCCCAUUUGUGCAGUUUCAGCUAUAGAGAAGUGAUUGAUAGCUUGACAUGGUAUCAGACUCCUAGCUCAAUGUAGAGG